CCUUUAGUUAGUUAACUUAGCAUGAAGCUAAGCUAAUCGUCCAUCAUCAUCAUCAUCAUCAUCAUCAUCAACAACAACAGCGGCGGGGAGUUGUUGACCGCAGUGACGGGCUCCUUGUUCACUUCUGCGGGCUGUGAUGCGCCCACACCGCGGUGUGUAGCCUCCAUCUCUCUGGUGUUACGGUGAAAGUGAGGCGGGUGUCAGCAUGGCGGAGGGAGCUGACGCCGCGAAGAGGAAGCCAGCAGCGGGGACGAAGAGCCGACAGAGCCAGCCGAAGAGGAGCUGCAGCAGCCGGGUGAGUCUGGAGAAGGUUCUGGGGAUCAGCACAGCCAGCAGCAGCGGCCUGACCUCUGACCCCAGGUCUGGGCUCAUCGCAUAUCCUGCAGGGUGUGUCAUCGUCCUGCUUCACCCGAAGACCAACAAACAGAGACACAUCGUCAACACGUCCAGGAAGCCCUUCAGCGCUCUGUCCUUCUCUCAUGACGGGAAACACCUGGUCACUGGCGAGAGUGGUCACAUGCCCUGUGUGCGGGUGUGGGAGGUGGACGGGGGUCAGGUGGCCGAGGUUCAGUCUCAUAAAUACGGCGUUUCCUGCGUGGCGUUCUCUGCCAACAGCAGCUACAUCGUCUCCGUGGGAUACCAACACGACAUGACCGUCAGUGUGUGGGACUGGAGGAAAGGUUCCAUCAUCGCGUUCAACAAAGUGUCCAGCAGAGUCUUGGCUGUCUCCCUCUCUCAGGACAACAGCUACUUUGUCACCGCAGGAAACAGACAUGUCAAAUUCUGGUACCUGGACGCCUCCAAAGAACGACGGGUGAACAGCACGGUGCCACUGAUUGGACGGUCAGCAUUAUUAGGCGACUUUAAAGACAACUUGUUCAGCGGGGUGGCGUGUGGGCGUGGCCCCAUGGCAUCUAACACCUACUGCAUCACCAGCUCAGGUGUGCUGUGUCGGUUCAACAGCCGCCGGGAGCUGGAGGCCUGGGUCGACCUCAAGACGUCCUCGGCGAGCUGUCUGGCGGUCAGUGAGGACUUGAUGUUCUGUGGUUGUGCUGACGGAGCCGUCAGAGUGUUCAGUCCGUCUAAGAUGUUGUACAUCACCACGCUGUACUGCCCGCACCGCCUGGGCGUCGACCUCACCCAGAGUGUACAGCACAGUCCAGGUGCUCAGUACCCCAACACGCUGGCUCUGACCUUUGACCCCAUCGCCAGACACCUGACCUGUGUGUACAAUGACCACAGUUUGUACGUGUGGGACGUCGGAGACGUGAGGAACGCCGGGAAGCUGUACUCUGCUCUGUACCACAGCAGCUGUGUGUGGAGCGUUGAAGUGUAUCCCGAGCUGUCAGAUGUCUCUCAGGCCUGUCUGCCUCCAUCCUCCUUCCUCACCUGUUCAUCUGAUAACACCAUCAGGAUGUGGAACACUGACCCCCCCACCGCACACAGGAACCUCUACAGCAAUGACCUGUUGAGGAUUCUGUAUGUGGAGGAGGACGCACAGGCCGAGGGGGAGAGGGGGGAGAGGGGGAAGGCAGCAGGGGCUGAUGGGAAGUCAGGGAUCAGAGUGCUGGGUGUCAGUCCUGAUGGACAACACCUGGCAGCUGGAGACCGCUGUGGAAACGUGCGGAUCUUUGGUUUGGAGUUUCUGGAUGAGCUGGUGAAGAUUGAGGCUCAUGACUCUGAGGUGUUGUGUCUUGAGUUCUCCCCGGCAUCCACAGGUGUGAAGCUGUUGGCAUCAGCCAGCAAGGAUCGACUAAUCCACGUCUUCAACCUGGAGAAGAAUUACAGUCUGGAACAGACUCUGAACGACCACUCAGCCUCCAUCACUGCUGUCAAGUUCACUGGUGAGAGUCCAGAGGUCCGAAUGGUGAGCUGUGGAGCCGACAAAAGCAUCUACUUCCAGACAGCUGAGCAGACGGCGGAGGGUCUGGAGUUCUCCAGGAGUCACCACGUGGUGGAGAAGACGAUGCUGUACGACAUGGACCUGGACUCAUCAAGGACGCACGUCGCCAUCGCCUGUCAGGACCGAAAUGUCAGGGUUUACAGCGUGGAAAUGGGGAAACUGAAGAAGUGUUUGAAAGGCUCGUCCAUUGACAAAGGAGCUCUGCUAAAGCUUCAGAUGGAUCCGUCGGGGUCGUUCUUCGCCACGAGCUGCUCUGAUAAAAGCAUCACCAUCUUUGACUACGAGUCAGGAGAGUGUGUCUCCACACUGUCUGGACACUCUGAGAUCGUCACCUGUAUGAGGUUCACUCAGGACUGCAGACACCUCAUCACCGUGUCCGGAGACAGUUGUGUUUUUGUGUGGAGGUUGGACUCUCAGAUGACCAGCACCAUGAGGAAGAGGAGGGGCCUCAGACUGACCACCGCACCUGAAACCUGCAGCCUCAGACCGCACAACAUCAGGAGGGAGACCUUCAUCACUGGACCCUCGUCUCAGCUGCCUGAGGAGGAGGAGGAGGAGGAAGAGGAGGAGGGGGCCCAGGGGAGUCCAGACAGACUGGACUCUGCUCUAUAUGCUCCGCCUCUUCAGAGCAACGGGAAACUUCCCAUGUGGUUCAGAAAGCUGCAGGGUCAGGGCGGAGCCUCUUCUGCCAUCCAAUCAGGAACUGAGCCUCGCCAGGUGCGGAGUCGGUGGGCGGAGCACCCAAGCCCCCUGAUCAUCUGCUCCAACUUCUCCCCAAGUCCCACCAAGAGUCAGGAGGAAGAGGAGGAGGAGGAGGAGCAGAGGGAGGAGGAGGACUUCCACCCUCAGAGGCUGGAGAAUCUGCUGGGAGAGGAGGUGCAGGUGCUGCAGAAUCCAGGUGAGAACAGGAGCAGCUACAUCAUCUACCCCAGCACCACCGACACCAACAGCACCACUGACACCAACAGCACCACUGACACCAACAGCACCACCGACACCAACAGCACCACCGACACCUCGGCUGACAGGGAGUUUGAUGUGGAGCUCGUGGCCGAGCGCUCUCUGACCCAGCUGGAGGUCAAAGGUCAGAGGGUGGAGCCAGUGUGGAGCACUCAGCUGGGUCCAGACUCUGCCUGCUCUGAAGACUCAGCAGGAAGUCUGGAGCAGCAGCACGACACCGACACAGACUCUCUGAGUCAGGCCAGCUCUGUGGGCAGUUUGGGUCUGGAGGACGACGAGGACAGAAACUCUGUGAAGAACCACUUUGACACUCUGGCGUCCAGUCUGACUGACGAGAAGUUCGAGGCCGACCUGAGGACGCUGCAGCCGUCAGAGGACAAACACUACCUUAACCCUCGACUCAGCAUCUCCACCCGCUUCCUGUCUCGCUUCCAGGACAGAAUCAGGCCAGUCUACCCACAAUCCUCAGGGACUCUGACAGACAGGGCGUGGCCCAGCCAGGCUCCGCCUCCUGUGUCAAUCCCAGCGAGCAUCUCAGAGGAGAGUAACGUCAGCAGCACGUCGGUGAGCUCUGAGUUGAGUUGUGAUGUCGCCUCGUCCCAGGAUGAAAACAGCAGUGGUGGUUCAGGUGAUAGGAAAGAGACGCUCAGUCUGCAGCAGUGUCAGCAGGUCGCUAACGAGCUGAGAGAGGCGGCGAGACGAGCCGUAGACCUCUACCAACAGCUCAGCGUGUCGGCCGGUGCUUCGGAGCAGCAUCUUCAGAUGUCGUCCAUCCUGCAGGGAGCGUUUGAUGUUGUUCACUCUGAGCUGCAGGCGGUGCUGCCGGGAGGAGACGGGUGGGGCAGCAGCGCCCCCUCUGGUUGACUGGAGGACGAGGUGUCUGCUGAGGGAAUACCCUGAUCUGCCGGUCCAGUUUACCCAAAACAAACUGAACCGGAUCUGAACCAGGAUCAGUCACUCCGCUGCUGUCGGUACGGAGGCUGAAAGGGGACAAAUUUCACUUCACCAUCAGCCCCAGUGACUUUAUCAACAUCAGUAUUAAAUUUAAUGCACCUUAUGUUUGUUUAUGUGGCAGCAAAAUGUGUUUUUGACCACGAUCACUGUUUGUACAUAAAGUGUAAUUUUAUGUUUCUAUAUAAUAAAUGUUUGUGUUUUA